AUGCGCCCGGCAGGUCGCCGAGGGGCGGCGGGCGGGCUGGACGGGUGCGAGGAAAAGUCAAAGGAUAUUCUUGUGAUAUAUGAAGAAGAAGCAGAAGAGUGGGCUCUGUAUUUAAAAUCUCUUUUUGGACACAUAGUGAAUGAAGGAGGAAUUUUACUCUACAGUCUAAAGACUUUGUCUUUCAAGCAUCAGGAGUUAUUGUCUUUACUCUGUUAUAAAUGUAAACUCCUGAUACUAUCAUGUGGACUUCUUAACUGCCUGAAUCAGAAGAGAAGUUAUUUUCUGGAGCAAGUUCUAAAACCUCCGGAUAACGUGGUGAUUCUGCUUUGUGGGGUGGAGAAUUCAGCGAUACUUUAUGAAAUACUGACCUUAGAUGGAGGCAGCAAAGAGAUCUCCACUGAUCAGGAACCUGAGGAAUACCUGUCUGUUGUUACUGGAAUUAUUCAAUCAGGUAAGUCACAGAAUGAAAAUCUUGGAGACUCUUUGUCUUAUGUCUAUGAAGCAGUUCUUGGAGAUGAUCACCAGACUAGUUAUGAUGUUAGAUUGUCAGAUGCCAGGGAGGCAUCACAGCAAGCAGACCAUAGAUUUAAAACAGAGGUACUUUCUGAAACAUUAGAAACUAACAAGCAGUCGAUAUUGGUGCUUCCAAGAAGAAUAUCAUGUGAGAACCCUGGUGAAAUAUUCAUUUUGUUGAAAGAUGAAAUAGAGUAUGAAACUUUAGAAAUUGAAUUUGUGGCAGAUAAUAAACGCAUUAGGACACAGCCAGCCUCUUGGAAUAAGAAGGUCAAGUACAUAAAAGCUUUGGAUUUCCCUCCUGGCCCUGUAUUUGUAAAUGUCUACUGUGGGGGAGUCAUUAAGACCACAGCGCAGAUCAAGUACUAUACUGUACUAGAGGAGAUGGAGCACAUUUUUAAGAAAGUGGCUGACCCAAUAGCUUUCAUUUGUCAGGCUUUUAAAUUUUCUUCUGUAGAGAAGCUGGACAACGUUAUGACUUUGUUAGUGAAAAGAAAAAUGUCUACUUAUGAAUUAAGAACAUUCCAAAGUGAAGAGCAGCACCAUCAACAAGCUAAUACCUAUUUGGAAGAAUUUCCUACUCUACUUCACUGUGCAGCCAGAUUUGGAUUAAAGAACCUUGCAACAUUUCUGCUUGGUUGUCCUGACGCCACAUGGGCUUGCAAAAUCACCAACAAAUAUGGAGAUGAUCCAGCAAAUAUUGCUGAGAAGCAUGGGCACAGGGAUCUAAGAAGAUUAAUCCAAGAAUCAUCAAAUAAUACAGCAGAUGAUUUCACCAAUUGUGAGAAGGAAGCAGAAGAUGAUGACACUUACGUGCUUAUGUUAGGCUCAGAAACUCAAGCAGCCAUGACAUUAAAAGCCAAGAAGAACCCAGGAAAUCAGGAUGGAAUUGGAUCAAGAUAUCAAGAAGAAGCUGAGGUGGAUGAGGAAAAGAAAGAUUAUGUAGAAGACAGCAGAGAGGAGACAGAACAUGAAAAUCAAGAACUGGAAGAUUCAUACAGCUUUCACAGCAGUCCUGAUGUUCUGUAUGCCAACAUAUCUGAUGAUUUUGAGGAGAAGAGAAGAGACUGCUUUUUCUGCAAGAGACCACCUCCUCCUCCCCCUCGAAAUCUCCCUGGCACCCUAAGACAGGAGAAUCUGCACAAUUUAUCUCAAGGGAGGAAUUUUGGGGAGGACAGAAGUGAAAGAGAACGUGGUGAUGGACUCCUAACAGCAUGCUACAGAGAAGAGCAAUAUACAUGGGAGGAAGAUGGUGAGGAGGAACACCCAUACACUUCUGCAAAAUUGGAUGAAUCUCUGUACGAUUGCAUACUGGCUGAGGAGGAGAAAAAGAAAGAACGCAGGUCCUUCAUUGUGAACAGGCCACCAGCUCCUGCCCCUCGUCCUGUAUGUUUACCCACCAGAGAGAACACUCCCUACAUAGUACAAGUGUUUCAGCAAAAGGCCACUCGAGUGCCUGGUGAAAACGACAGGACAUAUUGCGAGGCCAGGAAGCCCGGUAGUGUAGCAGUACACAGAGACCAUACUGGCACAGUAACUGACAGCACUGUGAAAUACAACAUCCCUGCUGAACAGGAAGAACUCAUCCACUUGCAGGAACAGGUGAAAAAGGGGGCAGUGUCUGUGGAUAAAGCUCUCGACAGAUUUAAACAGUGGCAGAAUGAAAACCAGAGGCUACAGUCUACUCAACAGGAAAAAGGGCACCACCUUAGAGACACCAGUAUUGGAAACAGACUGGAAAAGGAAAAUCUGAAUGUUCCUAAGGAAAGCAGACCAGAGGGCAUUCCUUUUAGAGACUUUUUGCUCAACUUGCCAUUUAAUAAACUGUCUCCAACUAGGAACCCAACAGACAAAGAACAGAUGCCCAAUUAACAGAGUAUUUCUUACAGUGUGAUUCCUCAGCCAGCUGUGCUUCAGUUCCUGUUGCUUGGCAUCCCAGCCUCUAAGCUGCACCCUGACAGCCUCAGGCUCCAGCACCUACUGCUGUGACAUGGCUGUGUGACCAUCGACACACUUCCAGGAUCUUGGAAUCUCUCACCUGGGCCAGCUCUGGAAAAAGUCCAGUAUCACUAAAGCACAUUAAUAAGACUUCUUGUAAAGUCAGCAUGGAAUUUUACAUUUCUUCUGUGGCAAUUUUUUUUUUCAAUAUGACAGCUGAGGAUUUACAUGCUUUGGUUAAUUAUUUUAAAACUCAUUUUAAUUUUCCCACAA